AUGAGCUCACUGAAUACCAAGUCUGGGUCAAUUACCGCCUCGCGUCGUCAGGCGCCGCCCCUAUUAGCGAUCAUGAAAACGAGCAUCCGGAGCUCAUUCCCUGAUGAGGUGCCAGAGUAUACGGAAGAAUGGAGGCGUAUGUGGAGAAUCACCAGUAGCAUCUGCAGCACGAAUCUGUGGAUGCAGAGAAACAGGACCAUCUUCCAACAGGAGGAGACGACGGAUGAAGUGAGUGUUAAGGCAUUCUGGAGCACCGCAAUACGGCAACUCACAGCAAUUGCACGACGAGAACAACGCAAACCAGAAACACAAGAAAAAGGAACACGACUACGAAUCUGUCAAGCAGCUUUGGCGAGUCGGCCGCGAGAGCAUCCACCGCGGGUGAAAGUGGAAAAAGCGCCUGACCCCGUAUUCCGAGAGCACUUCAACAAAAUAAUUGAACAGGACAAUACAGGAUCUUGCGCUGAGACGAUCCGCAAGCUGUUUAUCCAACGCGACUAUGGUACUACCUGGUAUUACGAAUCGUAA